AUGGCAUUAGCAAAUGUUAUUGAACUAUCUACGAGUGAUGGCGGUAAUAUAAAUGAAAAUAUUGAUAUUUUACCAUCACUUUCGACUACUACAUCUCAAAUAAAAGUAACAACAGGAAAUGAACCAAUAACAUUAAAAAAUCGUUUGCAUAGUCCAUCUUCAUCAUCGAAUCAUAAUGAAAUUAUAACUGUUUUGGCUGUACCAAUAAAAGCUUCCCGUCAAUUUAGUGUACAAAGUGGUGGUGUAUUAAAUGCAGAUUCUGCUAAUUAUGUUCAUUUUCAACGUUUACGUCUCGUAGCUUUCUGGUGUUGUGUUAUUUCAUUUCUACUUGAUAUUGGCCUUGGUUUAUCAGCAUUUAUUAAUUGUAUACGAUCAAAAACGUUUGUUGGUUUCUCAUAUUCAGUUGAUACAUUAAUGGAUUCUUUAUGUACAGGUUUUGUUGCAUGGCAUUUAAUGACAACAACAAUUAAUGAUAUGCAUCGGCGUGAUAGACUUGCUUGUUGUGUUAUUGGUGCAUUAUUUAUUGGUUCAUUUCUUGCUAUUGAAUCUCGUGCUAUACAAAGUAUGAUAUUAGCUAGACCGGUUCGACCUGAUAUAGUUGUAUUUACAUAUUCAUUAAUACAUAUUAUAUUAUUUACUCUUUUAUCAAUUGUUAAAAUUUUUAUAAGUAAACAAAUAAAAUCGACAGCAUUAAUGGCUGAUGCAUUAAAUUCUAUCAUUGGUCUUAUUAUGGCAUUUCCACUAUUAUUUUGGGAUCGUGUUACAUUUUUAAAUAAAUUUGCACAUCUUGAUGAUCUUGUACAAGUUUUAAUGGCAUUAUUUUUAUUUAUUGCUGGAUGGAAAUUAAUUUUAGAUUCUAUAACAACAAUGAAUGCUGAAUAUGCAAGAAAUUUACGUGAAGAAAAAUUACGACGAAUGUUAAGAGAACAUGAUGAAGAAAUCGAUGCAGAUUUUGAUGCACUUGAUAUUGAUAAUCCUCGUAUAUCUAUAGCACCAAUUGUUGGUACUCGACGAUUUUCUGUUAUUUCAAAUAGAUAA